AUGUGCAAGACUACGCCAGACAAUGGGAAAACGAGAGCUGAUAGAUUCUGUGCAAGACUACGCCAGACAAUGGACAAAACGAGAGCUGAUAGAUUAUGUGCAAGACUACGCCAGACAAUGGGAAAACGAGAGCUGAUAGAUUCUGUGCAAGACUACGCCAGACAAUGGACAAAACGAGAGCUGAUAGAUUAUGUGCAAGACUACGCCAGACAAUGGGGAAAACGAGAGCUGAUAGAUUCUGUGCAAGACUACGCCAGACAAUGGACAAAACGAGAGCUGAUAGAUUACGUGCAAGACUACGCCAGACAAUGGGAAAUACGAGAGUUGAUAGAUUCUGUGCAAGACUACGCCAGACAAUGGACAAAACGAGAGCUUAUAGAUUAUGUGCAAGACUACGGCAGACAAUGGGAAAUACGAGAACUGAUAGAUUCUGUGCGAGACUACGCCAGACAAUGGACAAAACGAGAGCUGAUAGAUUCUGUGAAAGACUUUCCGAAAAGGGUCACCAAGCCCACCUCCCCGGGGCAACGGGUCACGAAGCCCACCUCCCCGGGGCAAACGGGUCACCAAGCCCACCCCCCCGGGGCAACGGGUCACGAAGCCCACCUCCCCUGGGCAAACGGGUCACCAAGCCCACCUCUCGGGGCAAACGGGUCACGAAGCCCACCUCCCCGGGACAAACGGGUCACCAAGCCCGCCCCCCCGGGACAAACGGGUCACGAAGCCCGCCUCCCCGGGGCAAACGGGUCACCAAGCCCGCCUCCCCGGGACAAACGGGUCACGAAGCCCACCUCCCCGGGGCAAACGGGUCACCAAGCCCACCUCCCCGGGGCAAACGGGUCUCCAAGCCCACCUCCCCGGGGCAAACGGGUCACCAAGCCCACCUUUCGGGGCAAACGGGUCACGAAGCCCACCUCCCCGGGGCAAACGGGACACCAAGCCCACCUCCCCAGGGCAAACGGGUCACCAAGCCCACCUCCCCUGGAUAAACGGGUCACCAAGCCCACCUUUCGGGGCAAACGGGUCACGAAGCCCACCUCCCCGGGGCAAACGGGUCACCAAGCCCACCUCCCCGGGGUAAACGGGUCACGAAGCCCACCUCCCCUGGGCAAACGGGUCACCAAGCCCACCUCCCCAGGGCAAACGGGUCACCAAGCCCACCUCCCCUGGAUAAACGGGUCACCAAGCCCACCUUUCGGGGCAAACGGGUCACGAAGCCCAUCUCCCCGGGGCAAACGGGAACAAGCCCACCUCGCGGGGCAAAUGGGUCACCAAGCCCACUUCCCCGGGGCAAACAGUCCACGAAGCCCACCUCCCCGGGGCAAACGGGUCACCAACCCCACCUCCCCGGGGCAAACGGGUCACCAACCCCACCUCUCGGGGCAAACGGGUCACGAAGCCCACCUCCCGGGGGUAAACGGGUCACCAAGCCCACCUCUCAGGGCCAGGAUACAUUUUACCAAUCUCAUAUUUUCGAUCUUGUGUUAA